CCCAUGUUUAGACUUGAUCGUCUCUUUAUUUUACUGGACACUGGUACAACACCAGUAACAAGAAAAGCAGCUGCUCAACAACUUGGAGAGGUGGUGAAACUCCAUCCCCAUGAAUUAAACAAUCUGCUAUCUAAGGUGUUGGUAUACUUAAGAAGUACAAAUUGGGAUACUCGUAUUGCAGCAGGCCAGGCUGUUGAAGCCAUAGUGAAAAAUGUACCUGAAUGGAAUCCAACUCCAAGACCCAAACCAGAACCUGGGUCAGAAAGUCCUAUGGAAGAUUCGUCUGCAACUGAUCGGUUACGUUUUGAUGGAUUUGAUAUCUGUCGGCUGUUAAAACAUGGGGCAUCUCUUCUUGGAUCUGCUGGCGCAGAGUUUGAGGUCCAGGAUGAUAAAGCAGGUGAAAUUGAUCACAAAGAGAGAAUAGCACGGCAGAGAAAACUGUUACAGAAGAAACUUGGCCUUGACAUGGGUGCUGCGAUUGGAAUGAACACUGAAGACCUGUUCAAUGAUGAGGAUUUGGACUAUAUACCUACUUCAGCUUCACUUAUAAACAAACAACCUACUCUUCAGGCUGCUGAAUUGAUUGAUUCAGAAUUUCGAGCUGGUAUGAGCAGUAGACAAAAGAAUAAAGCUAAAAGAAUGGCUAAGCUAUUUGCAAAGCAAAGAUCCAGAGACGCAGUGGAAACUAAUGAGAAGAGCAAUGAUAGUACUGAUGGGGAACCAGAAGAAAAGAGAAGAAAAGUAGGAAAUGUUGUCCUCAGCCAGCCUGCCACUGACUCGAAAGUUUUGGUAGAUAAUACAUCAGAAGAGGUAAAUGAAUGGCCUUUGGAAAGCUUUUGUGAAGAAGUAUGCAAUGAUCUUUUUAACCCAUCAUGGGAGGUUCGGCAUGGUGCAGGCACUGGGCUGAGGGAAAUACUUAAAGCACAUGGGAAAAGUGGUGGUAAAAUAGGAGACAGUACGGUAGAAGAGAUGGCUCAACAACAUCAGGAGUGGUUGGAAGACUUAGUUAUUAGACUUCUUUGCGUCUUCGCAUUAGACAGGUUUGGAGACUUUGUUUCAGAUGAAGUUGUAGCACCAGUACGCGAGACCUGUGCUCAGACUUUGGGAGUAGUAUUGAAGCAUAUGAAUGAGACUGGAGUUCAUAAAACGGUGGAUGUUCUUCUGAAGUUGCUCACGCAGGAGCAGUGGGAAGUUAGACACGGUGGCCUUCUAGGAAUAAAAUAUGCUUUGGCAGUCCGUCAGGAUUUGAUAAAUAGUUUGUUGCCUAAAGUUUUGCCUGCAAUAAUUGAAGGUCUCCAAGACCUUGAUGAUGAUGUCCGAGCUGUUGCUGCAGCAUCCUUGGUACCAGUAGUAGAAAGCCUUGUUCACCUUCAGUCACAAAAGGUGCCUUUUAUUCUUAAUACAUUAUGGGAUGCUCUUCUGGAAUUGGAUGAUCUAACAGCUUCCACAAACAGUAUCAUGACACUUCUGUCCUCCCUUCUAACUUAUCCUGAAGUCCGAAAAUGCAGUAUCCAGCAGUCGCUUACAGUUUUGGUCCCACGUGUAUGGCCAUUCUUGCAUCACACCAUAUCAUCUGUUCGAAAGGCAGCAUUGGAAACUUUAUUUACACUGUUAUCCACCCAAGACCAGAGUUCUUCAACCUGGCUGACUCCAAUUCUGCAAGAUAUGUUGAGACACAUUUUUCAGUUUUGUAUUUUGGAAAGCAACCAAGAGAUUCUUGACCUUAUUCAUAAGGUGUGGCUGGAACUGUUAAACAAAGCACCAAUACAAUAUUUGGUAGCAGCUGCUUGCCCUUGGAUGGGAGCUUGGCUCUGCUUAAUGAUGCAACCUUCUCACUUACCUAUUGAUUUAAAUAUGUUGUUAGAAGUAAAAGCGAGAUCAAAGGAAAAAACAGGUGGCAAGCUACGUCAAAAUCUAACCCAGGCCAAGGAGGUGAUACAGGAGUAUAUUGCUGGUGCAGACAGUAUUACAGAAGAUCCUGUAACCAGGGAUUAUGUUGUUAUGCGAGCACGGAUGAUGGCAGCAAAAUUGUUAGGAGCACUUUGCUGUUGUAUUUGUGAGCCGAGCGUAAAUACCGUUACUCAAGAAGUAAAGCCAGCUGAAUCGCUAUCCCAGUUACUGCUUUUCCAUUUGAAUUCCAAGUCUGCCUUGCAACGGAUUAGUGUCGCUUUAGUCAUCUGCGAGUGGGCUGCCUUACAAAAGGAAUGUAAAACUAUUGUCUUUUCUGUGCACCCUCGCUUACUUGAAGUCCUCUCUGAGCACCUGUAUUAUGAUGAAAUUGCUGUUCCUUUUACCCGAAUGCAAAAUGAAUGUAAACAAUUCAUUUCAUCACUAGCUGAUGCACAUAUUGACAUUGGGAACAGAGUAAACUGCAGUGUAUUUACAAUAGAUCAAGCUAAUGAGCUGGUUACUACUGUUUUCAGUGAAGUUACAUCUCCCUUUAAUUUGAAUAGUAAAGUUUUACAACAGUUAGACAGCAAACGACAACAAGUCCAAAUGACUGUUACAGAAACAAAUCAGGAAUGGCAAGUGUUACAUUUGCGAGUCCAUACUUUCACUGCCUGUGCUGUUGUGAGCUUGCAACAAUUGCCAGAAAAACUAAAUCCUGUUAUAAAACCUUUGAUGGAAGCUGUCAAAAAAGAAGAAAAUACACUGGUACAAAACUAUGCAGCUUUAUGUAUAGCCAAGUUACUUCAGCAAUGUACACCAAGAUCUCCCUGCCCCAAUUCAAAGAUUGUAAAAAACCUCUGCAGCUCACUUUGUGUGGACCCACAUCUUACACCUUUAGCAUCAUGUCCUGCACAGCCUCAAAGCAGCCAGGAAAAUUCUAAAGGACUCAACUCUGAUAGAGAUGGGAUGCAUCAUACUGUUACCAAGCACAGAGGAAUAAUAACACUAUACAGACAUCAAAAAGCUGCUUUUGCCAUCACAAGUAGGCGAGGUCCUACACCAAAGGCUCCAAAAGCCCAAAUUCCAGACCUUCCUACUGGCAGCAGUGGAAACAUCCCUACAGAACUUGAUGAGGCUCAGAAACCAUAUGUUGUGCAGAGGAGAGGAGCUGAAUUUGCCUUGUCUACUAUAGCUAAACAUUUUGGUGCUGAAAUGGCAACAGGAUUACCACAUCUCUGGGAUGCUAUGGUUGGUCCAUUAAGGAUCAAUAUUAACACAGAUAACUUUGAUCGAAAGACAUUAUUGGAAAAAGGAGAUACUUCUGCCCAAGAGGUGGUGAAUUCCCUCCAAGUUUUUGAAACAACAGCAGCUUCCAUGGAUGUUCAGCUCCACCCUUUGGUAGAGUAUAAUAUGCCAAAGCCGUUUUGUGAUCAAACACACCACUUCCAUUCCAUCACUUUAUCUACGCCUUCAAAUAGUUUAUACCAGUCUCCUUACCAAAUGAGACAGCCUUUUUUCAUUAGUAAAAGGAGCUUGACUUUUCAGUUGAUACAACAUUUGCCUCAUCUUUACAUGUGCCUUCAGCAUCCCAGUACUGCAGUGAGACACAUGGCUGCUCGUUGUGUAGGUGUCAUGAGCAAAAUAGCUACCAUGGAAACCAUGAAUAUUUUUUUAGAAAAGGUUCUUCCAUGGCUGGGAGCAAUAGAUGACAACACCAAACAAGAGGGUGCAAUUGAAGCACUUGCCUGUGUAAUGGAACAGCUAGAUGUUGGUAUUGUUCCAUAUAUUGUUCUCCUAGUGGUCCCAGUUCUGGGUAGAAUGAGUGAUCAGACGGACAGUGUACGUUUCAUGGCUACUCAGUGCUUUGCAACACUAAUUAGACUAAUGCCACUCGAGGCUGGCAUUCCAGAUCCCCCAGAUAUGUCUGAAGAAUUAAUCCGAGUGAAAGCCAAAGAACGACACUUUCUGGAACAAUUAUUGGAUGGUAAAAAACUGGAAAAUUAUAAAAUUCCAGUCCCCAUCAAAGCAGAGCUCAGAAAAUAUCAGCAGGACGGUGUGAAUUGGUUGGCAUUUCUCAAUAAGUACAAACUUCAUGGAAUUCUUUGUGAUGAUAUGGGUUUAGGGAAAACUUUGCAGUCCAUUUGCAUUCUUGCUGGAGAUCAUUGCCUCAGGGCUCAAGAAUAUGCAAGAACUAAACUAGUAGACAGUGUUCCUCUUCCAUCCUUGGUGGUAUGUCCCCCAACACUUACAGGUCACUGGGUGGAUGAAGUCGGAAAAUUUUGCUCCAGAGAAUAUCUCAAUCCUUUGCACUACACUGGACCUCCCACAGAAAGAGCAAGGUUGCAACACCAGGUGAAAAGACAUAAUCUCAUAGUGGCAUCAUAUGAUGUUGUACGAAAUGAUAUUGAUUUCUUCAGAAAUAUUAAGUUUAACUACUGUAUUCUUGAUGAAGGCCAUGUAAUAAAAAAUGGAAAAACAAAAUUGUCAAAAGCAGUAAAGCAGUUAACAGCCAAUUACAGGAUAAUUCUUUCUGGGACACCAAUUCAGAACAACGUCUUAGAGUUGUGGUCAUUGUUUGACUUCCUUAUGCCAGGAUUUUUGGGUACCGAACGCCAGUUUGCAGCUCGUUAUGGCAAACCAAUAUUGGCAAGUAGAGAUGCUCGGAGCUCCAGUCGCGAACAAGAGGCAGGAGUUCUUGCAAUGGAAGCACUGCACCGUCAAGUUCUUCCAUUUCUGUUGAGGAGAAUGAAAGAAGAUGUGCUACAGGAUCUUCCACCCAAAAUAAUUCAGGAUUAUUACUGUACUCUUAGUCCUUUACAGGUUCAGCUUUAUGAAGAUUUUGCCAAGUCUCGUGCCAAAUGUGAUAUUGAUGAAACAGUUUCAUCAAUUUCACUGACAGAAGAAACUGAAAAGCCAAAGCUUAAAGCUACAGGGCAUGUGUUUCAGGCACUGCAGUAUUUGCGGAAACUCUGCAACCAUCCAGCAUUAGUGUUAACAACCCAGCAUCCAGAAUACAAGAGAAUCACAGAGCAGCUUGCAGCUCUUAACACAUCUCUUCGAGAUAUUCAGCAUGCACCUAAACUGUCUGCUUUAAAACAACUUUUACUAGACUGUGGUUUAGGAAAUGGUGGAUCUUCAGAGAGUGGCACAGAAGCUGUUGUGGCCCAGCACAGAAUACUUAUCUUUUGUCAGCUCAAGAGCAUGCUGGAUAUAGUAGAACAUGACCUUCUCAAACCUCACUUACCCUCUGUUACAUAUUUGCGACUGGAUGGCAGCAUACCUGCUGGUCAGAGGCAUUCCAUUGUUUCACGAUUUAAUAAUGACCCAUCCAUAGAUGUUCUUUUGCUUACCACUCAUGUUGGUGGACUGGGACUUAACUUAACAGGAGCUGAUACAGUAGUGUUUGUGGAACAUGACUGGAACCCAAUGAGAGAUCUCCAAGCAAUGGAUCGAGCACAUCGUAUUGGGCAGAAACGUGUUGUUAACGUAUAUCGCCUUAUAACAAGAGGAACUUUAGAAGAGAAAAUUAUGGGUCUGCAGAAGUUCAAAAUGAAUAUUGCAAACACUGUGAUUAGCCAAGAGAAUGCUAGCCUACAAAGCAUGGGAACGGAUCAGCUUCUUGACCUAUUCACUCUUGACAAGGAUGGGAAAACUGAAAAAGCAGACACUUCAUCAUCAUCUGGGAAGGCGUCUAUGAAAUCAGUUCUUGAAAAUCUUGGAGAACUUUGGGAUCAGGAACAGUAUGACUCUGAAUACAGUCUAGAAAAUUUUAUGCAUUCACUCAAGUAACCAUUAUAGUUUCAAUAUAACUGCUGCUAGUUCACGUUUUCCUGCUNAUAUUCAGCAAAUUUCAAAGCAUAUAUAGUGAACCUUGAGCUCAAUGUGUAAAUAGGCAUUGAAAAAAGAAUCUUCAAAUCACAGGUACUGAGUUGUGGCCUGUUUCACUUGGGGGAGUUAUUCGGUCUUAAAUAUUUGCACUGUAUAAAACUUUAAAUAUCAGCAUUUGUGAGGUGGUUUGAAUUUUACAUGGAAAGCAGAAGCAAAUUCUUAUUUGGAAGAGGAAUAAAGUAUAGCAGGUUUUACAUAUACUAACAAGUGUUACUUCUGUUUGAAUAAGUCCACCAUUGUCCCUUUCUGUAUCUAUAGUAGUUUUGUACAGAUAUGUUUCAGUAAGUACUUCAGGUUGUUCAGUGUAUAUUUUUUUCUUUUAAACACAACUUGCUUUUAUGACGUAUUAAAAAUAAGAUUUUUCAACUUAACAAGUUAUGAUCUUUCAUUUAGAUCAUUUUAGGAUGUACAUCACGUAAUGGCAAAACUAGAAAUAUGGAAGAGUAUUGGGGAACUAGAUAUAUGUACCCACCUUUGUAUAUUAAAUAUAAAUAUAUAAUGCUGCUCAAUCUUUUGACAUCAUCUUUGACCGCUUUGAGAGCAGUUGAAUUCUACUUUUUAAUGUAAUGAGCUAUACUAAAUACAGGUAAUGGUCUGUUAAAGGCUAUGUUUGCAUCCUAUUCAGAGGGUGUACUUUUUUAAUUUAUCUAUAAGGCUAGAAUAUAGCCACAUUCAGAGACAUGUAUUCAAUAGGUUUCAAUCCUAUAUAUUUUUUGUAACUAAAAGAGCAAUUAGAUAUACAAGCAGAAGUUUUCCAGAAGUAGAUUUUACACUGUUUAGGAUUCUAAAAUCUAUGCUGAAAAGACUGUUUACCAAACUAGUUCAUAAAUUAGAAACUCCUAAAGAAACAGGAGAGGGGAAAAUAUUUUCUUUAGGAAUAUAUACAUACAUAUCUACAUAGAAAUACGUACACUCAAAUUGAGGGAAAGGAGUAUUUGAGCUGAAAUCAUGUAUUGGAGAUUCUAAGGGGUGCUUUAGUAGCUGGGAGUGAGGAUACAGCAGCUGUAUGCAAAACAGCUUUUUAUACAAAGGGAGUCAAUAGUAAAGGUGGUGUGUUUCUAGAUGUGCAUGUAUGUAUCGGUAUAUGUACACAAUUUUAUAAAUAUAUUAAAUUAUAGAUAAACAUGCAGGCUGUUUUGAAUAGGAUAUAUGUAUAGAUAUCUAAGGUUUUAGCUUGCUGUGCACUUAAGCAUCAGAGCUUGAAAAACCAUCAGACCUCAGCUAUGUAAAAAAAAAAAAAAAAAAUGUUUUAAAACAAAUACAAAAAUUCUCUUAUCCUAUAAAUCAAGUCUGUUCUAAAGCAUUUGGAAACUAAUGAACAUUUGUCACAUUUCAGUAGAACUGCCAUGUUGUAACAUUAAAUUAGCAUUCCAUGAAAAUAAUAAUAAAAACAAACU